AUUUGAACUAUGGCCCAGACUGUUAAGGGUGAGGAUCUUCGUCCUGUGGAGUUGGGAGACCAAGAUCUUUCUACAACGGAGGUUAAACUAGACCCACAGAGCACACAAGAGCCGAUGGAAAAGGGACAGCUCCAGAACGCUGAAUCUGUUUCUUCAAACCAGAAUUUCCUGCUAAGAAAGUUCUUUGUUGCCAGGCCAGGAGCUUUUGACCAAGCUACUGAAGAUCUGAAAAACCAAGUGGUGACAAAGGAGAAGGAAACUGUAAACAGCGCCUGGCUUUUAGUUGAGGUUGAUCACUGGAAUAAUGAGAAGGAGCGGGUUGUUCUCUUAACUGAGAAAAGCCUUUUUAUCUGCAAAUAUGACUUCAUCAUGCUUUGCUGCCAGCAGAUACAGAAGGUCCCUCUGAACUUCAUAGACCGGAUAUGUACAGGACCGUUCUCAUUCCCUCCUAAAUCUCUUGAUAAGAGAGAAGGAGAGGGACUCAGAAUUUAUUGGGACAAACUGCGUGAGCCAUCCUUCCUGUCUCGCUGGAAUCCUUUAUCUGGAGAUCUUCCCUACACUACCUUCACAGAGCACCCUUUGAAAAACUGCUCAGAACAAUUCUCAAAUAUUUGCCUGUUGUCAAGCUUUAAUAAUCACCUUGUCGAUGCCGUCCAAGCAGCACAUAAGGCGGACCCAGUUCCAGGCAGAGCUAAUGGAGCACUGAUCCUAAACCAACCUCUUCUAAUUGAGACCUAUGUCGGUGUCUUGUCGUUUAUUGGAAACCGGAACAAGCUUGGUUACUCAUUGGCAAGAGGCAGCGUGGGAUUUUAAGUAAUUAUGCUACCGUGAUACAUUCGCCAAGCGCAGUGCCAGUUACCGUUAUAUUUUGUUUUCUAAUCACUGAGAGCCAACAGAGAGCUUUCUAGCCAGUGUCAAACUACUAUUCCCAUGAUGCUUGGCAAGCCUAACCACAAAUUUAGCAGGGCCCAAGCAACAUGGAAACUGAAGUUCCACAGCAAUAAGAUGAAGUCCCUGCCCUACCCUUGAGAACAGUCAUCACCUUUUAUUUCAUAAUGACUCAUAAUGGAUUAUGAGAUGUACCUGUAGGCUAUCUCUGCUACGGACCAUUUACAGCUACUUAAUGUCAUCAAAAAAUGCAAUUACUCUUCCAGUCUAUUAUAAGAAAGCAGCUACAACAUAAUACACAGUUCAGUGUACUGGUACCAUAAAUACAUGACACUGGAAAACACAAUGACAACUUUGCCAUUCUCAUAAAGUUUUGUUUUUUUCAUGUUAGAGCUGUAUGGAGAAAGCUACUCAAUGCACAUGAUGCACAAGAGAGAAUUGUUAUUGUUGAUUGAUGUUUUUAUGCUUGAAACUUGGUGUCUGAACCGAGAAAUGAGCUGUUAGAGAUGAAAUCAGUUUUUGGGUCGACUUCCUCUGUGACUAUCUGCAUUAAUCAGCAUCUGCUCAAAACAUAUUCAACCACUGAGAAUAAUAAAAUAUACAUCUUUAAAAUUGGAAA